AAAUAUUUUCCCAAACUUUUCAGCUUUGCUUUAUUCAUCGUUCGAGCACAGUUUGUGCUUGUUUCUCAUUGUGCCUCAGCAGUUGCUCACUCAUUCCAAAACCCUCAAGCUUUUUAUUUCCAGCGAUAAGAUAAACCCCUAUCUGCCAUAUCGAGUCGCAGUGUCGCAGCAAAAGAAUUCAAUAGCGAAUCGUUGGCUCUUGUGCAGUGUGGUAGCCGAAACGGAACAAAUCCAAACUUUCUGACAAAUACGUACAGUAUGACGCCCAGAGCUGCGUCAAGAUUGAACUUUGCCCUCAGCCCAAAACUCCAGCUGUUGCUGCUGCUGCUGCUGGUGGGUUCAUCCAGGCCGGAGCGCAUCGAUGCCAACGAUGAGGAGGUGGAUCGUUUUUGUUAUCCCGCCGCGCAUCGCAACACGCGUCUCUCUUGCGAGUGCAGCAAUGUGAGUGCCGCGCCUUGGGGCAUGCGUGCCCUGCACAUUGAUUGCAGCUACAAAGACUACAAGACGGAGGAUCUAACCGAAUUGCUGCCCCUGUAUAUCGACACCUUGGAUCUGUCCUGGAACAAACUGAAUCGUGCGCCCAGCUUUAAUAGCGACAGCCUGCGUCUGCUCAAUCUGAUGCACAACAACAUAAGCGCCAUCGCGUCGAGCAACUUUGAGCGUGUGUCCAGCCUGCGGGAAUUGUAUCUGGGCUGGAACAGCAUACAGCAGCUGGAGGCGCAAUCGUUUGCCGGGCUGCCGCACCUGCAGGUGCUCAAUCUGGCGCACAACAAUCUGCACUCGCUGCCCGGCCAGAUCUUUGCGCCGCUGCUGGUGCUGAGCACCUUGGAGCUGUCCUGGAACCGGCAGCUGAACCAGACCAACGGCCAGGAGCUGUACAGCAGCUAUGGCAUUAAUCCGAAGCUGGACACACUGCGUCUGGAUGCGUGCAAUCUGAGCGAGCUGAAACUGCCGAUUGAUGCACCAUUGCGUGAACUCUCGCUGCGACGCAAUCUCUUCCAGCGUGUGCCCGGCCAGCUGCCUGCGGCGCUGCAGCGCCUUGACAUUAGCGAGAAUCUGCUGGAGAAGCUGCUGCCGCAGGAUGCGGCCAAUCUGACCCAGCUGCGUCAGCUCUAUGUGGAGGAUAUGCCCCUGCUGCAGGGCAUCGCGGCACACGCGUUCGCCCCGCUGCGCCAGGUGGAGGAGAUGAGCUUCCAGAAUAGUCGCCAGCUCAGCUGGCUGGAUGGCGAUGUCUUCGUAAUGGAGAAUGGCUAUUCGGUGCUGCCGCCGCUGCGCAUCUUAAGUUUUCGUGGCACUUUGCUGCGCAAUUUUAAUGUCACUUUGUCACCGGUUUUUAGGAAACUUACCCAAUUGGAUCUCAAUGGUGUGCCGCUUUACUGCGACUGCCAGCUAGCCUGGCUCAAGGAUCUGGCCAUACAGACGAACGGGCGUUGCUUGCGUCCGGCCCGAGUGCGAGGCAUGCUCGUCUCUUCGGUGCGUGACGAUGAGUUUAGCUGCGAAAGAUGGCCCCGAUGGGCCUACGGAUUGAUCAUCUUGGGCCUAAUUGGAGUCUGUGCCGCGGGCGUUUAUCUAAUUGUGAUGGGCCUGCGACCGCAUCGCGGCGUCACAAUGCGACGCAAAGUGGGGGCCGGCAGUCCCUAUGCCCGUGUCACCAUUGAACCCAAUCGCCAGGAGAACCUGCACUAAGAACCUUUGUCAUUUACGACUAGACAAGGCCCAAUACUUAAGUCUGUGUUAAUUUUUUCUAUAUUUAUAUAUAUGUAUAUUAAACUAAAGGAAUGCUAAUGCAUAUUUUAUGAGACCAGGUGCUUAUUCAUUGAUUCAAGUUGAGUCGUUGUUUACUCAUGAAUAUUUGCUGCGUGGGCUGCUUUAAAAGUUUGCAAAACUCUGGCAUUCGUUAACAUUAGCUUAAUAUGUAAAGUAGCAGAGCGUUCGCUGCACGCUGUUAAUAACAUUGAGAGGCUUCAAUUAACAUCUGUUAAGAUUGUUAAUUACUUUUGACAAUUUAAGUGCACGCUUCCUAGUUGUUAAAAGGGAACUUUUUACCAGCAAGCAAAACUUUAGGAACCACCCAUUAGAAAAGAUUGGAAGUUAGCUUAUCUAUUCCAAAGACUUAUCUACGCCGUCGCUGAGUGUGGCUAUUUGAUAAUGGUUCACAAUUAUUUGAUUUUGUGUUCACAACGUAAACAAUAUGGCAAAUGUUCAACUUUAUUGAACGCUCUCAAAGAGCCAACUGAACUGAAUUUACAAUAAACUGUUGCAUGAUAUUAGAUCGAAUAGCGAGCUCUACAAAUAUUUUAUACCUCCAAGCUAUCUGCUUAUAUAAUACUUGGUAAACUGUCGAGCUAUGUCUA